CAACCAAGUUUCGUACAUACAACAAGCUUGCUAUAAAUUCGUGAACCAUUAAACUCUCUUUCUUAUUUCUCUUUAAUAUCCUAUCUUCUCUCACAAAAGAAAUAAAGAAGAAAUGGGUAUUAUUGAUCACAUAUCAGAUAUGUUUGAGGUUACAAGUACAAGGAAGAGCAAACGUAAACCCAUGCAGACAGUUGAAAUCAAGGUAAAAAUGGAUUGUGAUGGCUGUGAAAGGAAGGUUACUAAUGCAGUUUCCUCUAUGAAAGGUGUGAAAUCACUGGAUGUAAGCAGAAAGGAAAGCCGAGUAACAGUGAGUGGUUAUGUUGAACCAGACAAGGUGUUAAAGAAAGUGCAAAGCACCGGAAAGAAAGCAGAAUUUUGGCCAUAUGUAGAAUAUAAUUUGGUGUCAUAUCCAUAUGCACCAGGCGCCUAUGACAAAAAAGCACCUUCUGGUUAUGUGAGGGAUGUUCCUCAAGCUUUUCAAACACCAAAUACUUCUACUGAGAGAUUCACUUCGAUGUUUAGUGAUGAAAAUCCUAAUGCUUGUUCAAUCAUGUAAGUAGAUGCAUAAGAAUUUUUGUACGUUAAGAUAGUUGCAGUACUAAAAUUUUUGUCUUUAGACACUAGUUUUUCUUUUUUCUAAGAAAAAAAGGUUGUACUUUUGGAUGUUGAGUUGUAUUAUACACACACGGGGAAA